AUGGACCCUCCUCCUAUCUCAAUUUUAAAAAAUUAAUCACAAUUAGGAGUUGAUAAUUUAGUAUAAUAACCAUCAAAUUAAGAAAACACAAAAGUACCAAAGUAUUCUAAAUAAUUAUAUAAGGCGAAACUUCAAUUUAAAAGUUGGUGACAUAGUUUAUUUUAAGUCUUAUCUGACAGAUGAGUUUAAAGGAGUUAUUUCUGGUGAUGGAAUAGCAAGCAAUAAGUUGGAGUGUAUCUAAAUUUUAGGAAAAAAUCAAUAAAUUGUAGAUCAAUCAAAAAAAAGUUUACAGUAAAAGGUUGGCAGUUUGUCAUUUUAGAAAAGCUUGUUUUAAGUUAUUACAGGAAAGAAAUAUCAUUAUUAAAAUUAAUUAAUUUAAGAAGGUUCUAGAUCUAUAGAUGAUAUUAGAGAAGAAGCAAUAAAUGAAGCCAUGGAUUUAGAUUAAUGUUAAUUUAAUUAUGAAAAAAAUAUAAAAGAACUUGAAGAUAAAGCAAAUGAAGAAAUUAUUGAAAAUAAACGCUUUUAUGAUCUUGCUUAUGGAUCCAAUAUAGUUUAUGGUUAAGAAAUUUAACUUAAACACAUCUAUUCAUCAUGCACUCUCUCUUUUAAUAGUUUAACUUUAGCUAAAGAAAAUUGUUGUAGAGAGUUAUCUUUAGAAGAAAUUCCAAAUAUAAAUUCAAAUUUUAGAAUUUUAUCUAUGAAUAAAGUUAAAAAUCCAGGAGAACCCAUUUUAUAUGGAGAUUAAAUCAUUAUUUAAAAUUCAACUUAAAAUAAAUGGUUUCUUGGUAUUUAAAAGCCAACCUAAAAAUAUGAGAAAAAAGAUGGUUUAGAAGUUAAUUGUGCAUAAAUAGGAUUUCCAAUAAAAAUUGCUAGUUAUAUUGAUUAUAAAACAGAAUAGGAUUUGAAAUAAUUAUCUAUAAAAUAAAAAUCUAUUCUUAGUGGAGACGUAAUCACAAUUAAAAAUAGAUAUUUAGGGGGUUAUCUUUCUAUUAAAAGAAAACUUAGAAUUACUGAAGGGCUUGAAAAAAAAGAAGUUUUUAUAAGAAAUUAUGAAACUAAUAUCACAUAUACAAAACAAUAAUUUUAUUUUAAUGUAGAUAAAGUUAGAAAUGAAAAAAUUGAAUAUAUGUAUUAAUUAUAUGUUGAUUAAUCAUAAGAUGCAGAAGAAAAUUUAAAUAAUUUAUGGUAAGUUUAACAUAUGGAUAGUUUAACCUUUUAAAAACCAAAUUAUGAAAGUGUUUUUUUAAUAAGACACGUAUGCACAGGAUUAUUUUUGGAGAUUUCACAUCAUUCAGUUGGUUUAACAUAUGAUGGAUUAAGAUAAGAAUGUUAAUUUCAUUUGAGAGCUAAAAAAACUUCAGAAGAUCAAAUUUUAUUUAGUGAAGCAUAUAAAUUAUAAUCAGUUUUGAAUGUUUAGAUAGAUGGUUUUGUAACAUUAGAAAAUUUAGUUGUAGUUUGUUUAGAUGAUAAAGUAGCAGUUUAAAGGAAAAGUUAAAAAUAAAAUAUAGAAAGAGCAACAUUUUUAUUUAAAUUAGCUACACCAGAAUAAACUAAAACAUCAUUUAGAAUUAAUUCAUUAUAAGAAUAUUUAAUAUAAUUUUAUAUUUUUUUAUAAGAUUGGGGAAUAAUAAAAACAUCAACUUAAGGUUUAGAAGAUAUUAGAACUUAUGAUUAUUUUGAAGCAUUUAAUAAUUAAAAAAUGUUAUAUGAUGAAAUUUUAUAGUUAUUUUAAACUUUGGAAAACUUAAAAAUGUAUUUAACUAAUGAUGGUUAAGUAUAGACUACUGAAUAAAUAUAAUUUAAACAAAAAUCUUUAAUGGAUAAUGAUAUUAUUAACUUACUUUUUGCUAUUCAAAGAUUAUGCAAUUUUACUAUAUAUGGUAGUUUGAAUAAUAAUAAUUCUUAAGUUAUUGAGAAAACACCUUAAAGAAUUGCUAAAAUGAAACUUGAUCCUCCAAUUUCAUCAUCUUAAAAAUUGAAUUGUAUCUAAGAAAUAUAUGAUAUUCUAAGUUUAUGUGUUUAAAAAAAUUCAGAUACUAGCAAUUAUGUUUUGACAUUAAUCAUGAAUAAAGAGAGUAUUUUAGAUUUCUUAUUAUAAUAAUUGAAAUAUUAACGAAAACAUAUCUCAAAUCUCAUUAAAGAAAGUGUCAGAUAUACAGAUAUGAGUGAAUCUAAAGAGAAUAUAAAAAAAUGGGUAAAUUAAUUAGAAGAUCUAUCUUAAGAUAAUAUUGAAGAUUAAACUCUUUACAUAGAAAUUUUAAGUUUAAUUAUGAUAGAUCCAUAUGAAAAUCCAAAUUUAUUAUGUCAGAAUACAUGUAGAAGAUUACUAUUUGGAACAAAAUCUUAAUAAAAAUAAUCAAAUCCUUUUCAUAUAGCAUUAGUAGCUUUGGAUAUAUAAGAAGAAAAUACUAAUUCUUAUCCAAUAGUUUAAUUUUAUCCAAAAAGAUAAAAAGAAUUAUAAAUGCAAUAUGCCAAUUAAUUUGGAUAGAAUAAUUAAAUAUUUUGUUAACUUUACUUAAAAUUUAUUGAUAAAUAGGCUAGAAUUGCUUAGAGAUUUUAAAAUAAGAGACAAAGUUUAAUUGAUGUAGUAAUUGAUUUUUUUACUAUUGAAACACUUAAAGAAAAUUAAUUAGUAAAAUAAGAAGAUGUUAAAUUAGUGAUUCCAAUAUUUUAGAAAUAUGAAAACUAUUUAAUGAAUGUUAUGGGUUUAUAUUCUUCAUUAUGUAAAGGUAGAAAUUCAAAGAAUAGAAAAUGUUUAAUGAAAUAUUGUUUUUUAAAUUAAAAAUUCUUAGAAAUUUGUUUAAAACGUUAAUAAAAUGUUAGAUCAGAAUUGAGAUUUGAAAAAACAUUAAUAGAGCUAUUUUGUAAUUUAUAUUUAGAUAUUGAUCCAUUAAUCAAGAUCUCUUAGAAUUAUGAUCCAUUUUAUAAUAAUAAAUAAAGAAAUACAAUCAAAUGUUAUUUAAGUGAUGAUAUUGACUAAUUCAAUAAAUAGGAUCCUUCUGGAUAUUAUUUUUAUGAAAACAAUGCAUCAAAAUCCUUAAAACGGAGUGAUGAUUAUUAAAGUUUUCUUCAUCAAAAAGAAGCUAAAGCAGAACAUUAAUAACUAAAACUUUAUGCUGCUAAAAUGUUAUAAAGAUCUAAUGUAAAUGAUUUUCGUUUGUAUUAUUUAAAACUUUUUACAAGUGAAGAUUAUCCAGAACAUCUUCUUUAAGAAGCAAGUUAUGAUAUAUUUUAAUCAAAAAAGGCUACUUUAAAUAAAUAAAAAUAUGAUUACUCUCGUCUUGCUUAUUUAUAAUUACAUUAUUUUUUAGGAUUACUCACAAUUGUGAAGAAUAGUAUAAAUUUAGGUUAUAAUUAAUUGGAUGAAAAUUAAAAAAUAUUUUCUAUAUUGCCAAAUAUAUUUGUUGCUUUAAUUAUAUAGUAAAUUCCUGAUUUGAGAAUACAUAGAUUUUAAGAAAAUGAAUCAUUUCUAUAAAAUUUAAAUAAUUUAAAAUAAUCUGUGGAUGAUAAUAUUUGGGUUAUGACGUUUCUUCCUACAGCUGAAUAAUUAUAUGAGAAAAAAAAAUAAAAAUAUAAAAGUUUUCAUGAAGAUUUAAAAAGAAUGGAUCAAUCAUAAAGAUUAUAUAUGUAAUUUUAAAGAAAUUGGAUUUUAUAUUUAUUAAUAUGGACAUAAUAAUAUUGUGAUGAUGAAAUAUUAAAAACAUAAGUAUAUUUAGAAACAUUAUAAAUAUUAAAAAUAUUUGAAGAAUUGAAAUUAAAUUUAUAAAUAUUGGAAUUUUUAUUUAGUUCAUCUUAGUAGAAUGAAUCAAAUCCUAGUUCUCCAAGUUUUAGAGAUUUAGAAUAAUUUGGAUUUGAUGAAGUUGUAAAUUAAGAAGUAUAAAUAUAAAAAUCAAAAACUGUUACAUAAAAAUGUAUUUAAAGUGUAUUCAAAGAGCCUGAUGGAAAUAGUAUUUGUGGAUUAUUAUUUAGUUGUCUAUUAAUAUCAGGAAAGAGAACAAAGUUAAAUGAAGAAUUAUUAUAAAGGAUUAUAUAAAGUUUUCAUUCACCAAAAUAUUCAAUAUAAGAAAUUAAUUAAGUAGAAAUAAUAGAUAAUUUACAAGAAUUAAGAUAUUUUUCAAUUAUAAAUGGAAAUUCUAAUAGUGUAUAAUUGAUAAGUCCAAAGGAAGCAAUAUAUUUAUCAAAAAGAGCAUUAAAAUUCAUUAUAAAUUAUAAUGACAAUAAUAUAAUUUAGAAGAGAAUGAAUUCAUUUGAUUAAUUAAAAGGAUAUUCAGCUAAGAUAAUUGAAUAAUUUGAAAUGUUUUUUAAACCUAAUACCUAAGAUUAAUAAUAUUUAAAAUCAUUUUAAAAUAUUUUGAGAAAUGCAGGUGUACAUUUAGUAUUCUUAAGAUUUUUAGUAGAUCCUAAUAUAAUUAAGAGUUCAAAUGAAAUAGUAUAUUUUUAUAAAAGAAUAGUUCUUUUUUUUGAAUAUUUUAUAAUUGAUAAUGAGAUUAAUAUAUCAAUUUUAUCUGAUAAUGAGUAUUUAUUAAAAAUUUUGGAUAUAAUUUAAAUACCUUAACCAUAAGCAGAGGAUAAAUUUUAUAUACCUAUAAAGAUUACAAAAUUAGUUAUUAAAUUGCUUUCUUCUAUUCCAGAAAACCAAAAUAAUAAUUUGAUAAAUCAGAUAUUUGAAAGAAUAGAAAAGAUUGGAGAUCAAUUGAUGAAAAGUUAAGAAUUUUAUUUAAAAUAAUAUAUUGUUGGAGAAGAAGAGGCAUAAAUUAAAUUGAUAGAAAGAAAUACAGAUAUAAAUGCUGUUGCUUAUUGUUCUUUAAUUUAGUAUUUUAAGAUAUUAAAAUGUUUGACAAAAACAUUUGAAAAACCUGCAAAGUAAGCUCCAUUAAAUAAACAUUUAAUAUUAUAAAAGAUUUUAAGGAAUAAAUUCUUAAGAAUAGUAUUAGAUCCAGUAAAUUAUUAUAAGAGUAUAUUGGUACCAGAAUUUGCAUCAUAAGAAUAAGAAUAAAAAGAUCCUUUACUUUAUCAUAGAAUAAAAUUACAUUCUGAAUUAAUAAUAUUAUUAACUGAAUGUUGUUAAUAUUAUAGAUUAGGAAUUUAAGAAAUGUAAAGAAUAUUAUUAUAUGAAUAAUUGAAAACUAUAUUGUUAGAUGCAAAUACUGAAUAUAUUGUAAAGAAAGCAUAUUUAUAAUGCAUAUUUGAAUUAUACAUAAAUUAGGUUAAAGAAGGAUAAUUUGUAAAUGAUUUAGUAGAAAGUGAUGAAGUUAGAGAUAUAUUAUCUAGAAUAAUAAUACCAGAAUUAGAUUAAAAAUAGAUUUGUAAAUAUUUAGAAGGUUUAUCAAAAUUAAUGAAUUAAGAUAGAAAUAUGAUGGUUAUCUAAAAAGAUUUGAGAGAAUCAAUUAAAAGAUAAAAACAAACAUAUUUUGAAAAGAAACUUUCAUUUGAUUCUUAAUCAUCAAAAAAAUUAGGAAUAUUAAGAGAUAUAAGUGAAUAUUGGAAAUAUUUGAGAAAAAAUGGAAUAAUUCAUUUUUUAGUUUAUACUUAUGAUGAAAUGAAAGAUAGAACAGAUUUAGAAAAUCCAGAAAUUUCUAAUUUAUCUGAUGAAUUUGCAAUUAUUAAAUAAAAUGUUUAAAAAAUUAAAGAAAUAUUUAAUAUUUUAGAGAGAGAUUUUAGAGUGAAAAAAGAAGAUUUAGAUUUGGAUAAUUAUAGAGAAUUAAUAACAUCUAUUGAAGAGAUUAUUCCAUAAAGGAAAAUAACUAAAUUUGGUUAAAAUUUUAGAAUAGGAUUUCUUGGAGAUAAGAAACUUAAUAAAUUAGUUUUUGAUUAAUUUGAUACUCUUAAAGAUGAUUAAACAGGAGAUAAGAAAUUAUAAGAAUAAGAAAAUGUUUAAAGAAUAGAAAAUCAAUUUAGAAGGAAUUUUAAAGUUUAUCUCAUAAGAUAUAAAGUUAAUAUCCAUGAAUUUAACUAAUAUAUUGAAUAGAAAGCAUUAGAAUAAGAUAGAUCUUAGAAGAUUCUUGAAAUAUGUAAUAAUUAUAAAAUUUAUAUUGAAUAAAAAGACAUUAAUGAAAUUUAUAGAGUAAAUGUAGAAUAAUUAAAGAGAUAAGAAUAAGUUAAUAAUAGAAAUAAAAAUAUAACAGAUUGGGAUUUAUUUAAAUAAGCAAUGAGUGAUUUAUUUGAAAUUAAAACUACCUAAACAUUUGCAAUAAAUUAGUAAGUAUAAGCAUACUAGAGAUAAUAAGAAGGUUUAGAAAAUCUUAAAUAAGAAUUUUAAAUAGCUUGUUGUAAAUAAAUUGGAAAAUAAUAUUAGAAACAUGGAGGAUAAUUAGAAGGUUGUGAAGAUUUAAUAUCAGAUGAUAUUUAAAUAGAAUUAUUAAUAAGAACAUUAGAAAAGUAAAAUACAAAUUUAUUAGCUGAAAAUAAAGUAUAAGACUUUUUAGAAAAGAUUUAAGGUAUAUUUUUAAAUAGAGAAAUCUAUCUAAUUAAAUUAUGUAAAAUAUUUUUGUUAUUGAAAAGACCAACUUAAGAUGAAAUAGAUUCUCUUACUGAAAAUAAGGAUGAAAAAUCUAAAGAUUUAAUUAGAAUAAAAUAGUAAACUUUCAUAAAAUAUUAAAAUGCUAUGGUUGAUAGUGAUUUAGAUAUUUUAGCUUUAGGAAUGUUAAAUGAAUCUGUAGAUGAAUAGAAUUAAAUUGAAGCAUUACAAUUCUUAAUUUAUUUGUUAGAUUAUGGAAAUGGCUAUGUUUAGAAAAAGUUAUAUAAUAUACUUAAAACAGAUUAAGUUAUUAAAUCCAAAUUCUUUGUUUUUUUAAGAGGUUUCUUUUUAAUUGAUAUUAAUUCUGAAAUUUUAGAAUUAGAAAGAUGUGAAGGAAAUAAUACUGAAUAUAAAGUAUUAUGUUUGAAAGUAUUAAAAUUAUUAUAGGCUUUAUGUGAAAAUGUCAAUGUUGAUUUCUAGAAAUUCAUUGUACAUUAAUAUGAUGAUGAUUCAUACUAAGCUAAUAUUAAUAUUGUUAAUGAAGUUUCUAAUUUAUUAUCAGAUUUAUUGGAAAAAGGAUAAAAUGUAUUUUAUAAGUUAUAAGAAAUCUACAGACAAGCUUUAGAAAGUCUAGUUGAAUUCUCAACAGGAUUUGAAGAUAAUAAAAAAGAAUUAUGUAAAAAUACACGAUUAUUUACAUUAUUAAAUUAGAUUCUAUAGAAAGAAGAUUUUUUAUAAUUCAAAUAAUUGAAUAAAGAAAAUAAAAAUAUAAUUAAUGAAAAAUUAAUGUAAUAAUAGAAUUAGGAAGAAGAUUCUAUUAUAAAUUUAAAUUAAGAUUAAAUAGAUCUUUAAAAUAGAAAAUAUAAUUCAUAUUAAACUCUUUAAUCAUUUAUUAAAUUAUUAUUAUUAAUUACAUAAGGUAAAUUAGAUAAACCAUGUUUAAAAUUUGUAUUAGAUACUGUUAAUCUUACUAUUCUUAUGAGAAUAUCAAGAUCAAUUUAUUAAGAUCGUAUUAAACCAAAAUAAAGAAAUAUUAUAUUAGAUAAUAUUUGUGAUGAAUCUAAAACUGGAAAACAUUAAUAUUGUACUAAUAAUCUAUGCUAUUUUGGAUUAAGAACUGAUGAAGAUAAUUUAUUAAUCUAAACAGGUUUUAAUAUUUUUAUUAUUUGUUUAAAAUUAUCAGAACAUUUUCCAAAAAAUUCUUAAUUAGAAAUCUUCUUAUUUGAUGAACAAUAAGAUGAUCAAGAUGAUUUUAUUGAUUUAAAUGAUCCAUAAUAAGAUGAAGUAUAAAAAGAUAAUAUUAAUCCUUUAUAAAAAGUAGUACCAAUCUUUAUAAAAAAUUAGGAUUUAAAUUAAGAAAAUGCUUUAUAAAGUAAUGAAUCAAAAAAUAAUUAAUAAAACGAUUUAAAGAAAAUAUUUGAAGAUAUUUAAAAUGAUGAAAAUUAUAAGUUUACUCGAAAACAACCUUUUUUUAAAUUUUAUAGAUAAUUUACAGGAAGGAUAGAAAUAUAAAAUGAAUAAGCAGAACUUGAAAAGGUUUUCUUUUAAAAACCUUUUGUUUGUAAUUUUGUUACUCCUAAUAUUAAAUAAAAUUUAAUAUUUGAAAUAAAUAGAGAAACAGAUGAAGAUAGAAUGUAAGGAUUAAUAGAUUAAGCUGAUUUUUAUGAAGUUUAAAUGAGACAUUCAUAAUAAAUUAAUAAUAGUUUUAUUAUGCAUUUUGGAGCAGUAUAUUGGAGAUUAUUAAAAGAUUUAUCAUUUCUUUUAUGUUUAGUUAUUGUAAUUCUUUUGAUUUUUAUGCAUGAUAUAGUAGUAAAUACUAAAUUAGGUUCAAAUUAAAUAGCUCCUGAAUCUGAAACAAAAAUACCAGGAGAGAAUUUUGUUAAAUAUCUCAAUAAUGUAAUUUUUACAAAUUUAUUUAGAUAAUAACAAUAAUUUAAUUAGUAUUGAAUUUAAUAAUUGUGUUUUUCUGUGCAAUAGAAAGAUAUCCUAUUUCAAUUACUUAUAAUAGAGGUGAAACAAAUGCCAAAAGAGUUCAGAUAUUAAAAAAAGAAGCUGGAUUCUCAAUAUCUUGGCUUACUAUGAAAUAUUACAGUAUAAUUGGAUAUUUUGAAUCUGAAUUCUAAGGAUAGAAAGUUAAUGAAAGCAUAAUUAAAAAGCUUAUUCUCGUUAUAUUUUUGGAUUAUGACAAUUUAUACAAUGUAAAGAUAUUUUUUUAAUAAAUAGAUUUGCAUUUUUGGAUUAACAGCAUAUGCUUUUUUUAAUCCAUAUAUAUAUGCAAUACUAUUGUUAGAUAUUAUAAAAAGAUCAGAAGAUCUAUAGAAUAUCAUUAAAUCAAUAACAUCUAAUGGUAGAAACUUAGCAAUAUUCUCUUUUCUUGGUUUUAUAGGAUUAUUAAUUUAUGCUAUAAUUGCAUUUUCAAAUUUCGAUUGGAUGUUUAAUGAUGAAGAUGGUGUUUAUGGAUAAACAUUUAUAUUAGCUGUUACAUCUACAAUUAAUUUUGGUCUUCGUAGUGGUAGUGGUUUAGGAGAUUCAAUGAAAGAAUAUCCUGAACCAUAUGAGGAUCCAACAUUAUAUUGGGGAAGAUACUUCUUUGACUUCUCGUUUUUUAUCAUAUUUAAUAUUUUAUUCAUCCAAAUCAUUUUUGGUAUUAUUUUAGAUACUUUUGGUGAAUUAAGAGAUGAAAGAUAAGCCUUAGUUAAAGAAAUUGAAGGAAAAUGCUUUGUUUGUAGUCUUGAUAAAAAUGAUAUUGAUACAAAGUAAUAUUUAUAUCUUAUAUUAUAGAGGAACAACAGGAUGGCAUUAACAUAUAUAUUUAGAACAUAGCGUUUAUCAUAUGCUAUAUUAUAUAAUCUAUAUUAAAAAUAAAGAUCCAAAUGAUUGUAAUGCUUUGGAGAAGUUUGUCAAAAAAUCGAUAGAAAUUAAAGAAACCUCUUUUUUCCCAUUUGAAAGAGCUUUAUAAAUUGAAAAUUAAAAUGAUGAAGAGGAUGAAACAUUUGAACAAGCCGAAUUAUGA